GGAGCCCGUGAGCCACCCGGCCCCGGCGGAAAGUUUUCCCUGACGGAGUUUUGGCUGCGGCGGCGGCGGCGGCGGCGGCGGCCCGAGCGGCCAUGGACGCACUCAAGUCCGCCGGACGGGCGCUGAUCAGGAGCCCCAGCCUCGCCAAGCAGAGCUGGGGGGGCGGCGGCCGGCACCGGAAGCUGCCCGAGAACUGGACAGACACUCGGGAGACACUGCUCGAGGGCAUGCUCUUCAGCCUCAAGUACCUGGGCAUGACGCUGGUGGAGCAGCCCAAGGGUGAGGAGCUGUCGGCCGCCGCCGUCAAGAGGAUCGUGGCCACGGCCAAGGCCAGUGGGAAGAAGCUGCAGAAGGUGACUCUCAAGGUGUCGCCACGGGGGAUCGUCCUGACCGACAACAUCACCAACCAGCUCAUUGAGAACGUGUCCAUUUACAGAAUCUCCUACUGCACAGCAGACAAGAUGCAUGACAAAGUGUUUGCAUACAUCGCACAGAGCCAGCACAGCGAGAAUCUUGAGUGCCACGCUUUCCUCUGCACCAAGCGGAAGAUGGCCCAGGCUGUCACCCUCACAGUAGCCCAGGCCUUCAAAGUCGCCUUUGAGUUUUGGCAGGUAUCCAAGGAAGAGAAGGAGAAGAGGGAGAAAACCAGCCAAGAUGGAGGGGACACCCUGGGGGGGGGCCGCCGAGACAGCACUGCUUCGCUGAAGAGCCUGGUCACCACUGGGAACCUGCUAGACCUGGAAGAGACAGCCAAGGCCCCGCUGUCCACGGUCAGCGCUAACACCACUAACGUGGACGAGGCACUGCGACCUCAAGCCUUAAACAGCAGCAGCGUUGUCUGGGAGCUGGAUGAUGGCCUGGAUGAAGCAUUUUCAAGGCUUGCCCAAUCUCGGACGAACCCUCAGGUCCUGGACACUGGACUGACAGCACAGGACAUUCAUUAUGCCCAGUGCCUCUCGCCUGUCGACUGGGACAAGCCUGACAGCAGUGGCGCUGAGCCGGACGACGUCUUCAAGUUCUGAGGCCUGGGGCUGGCAGGACACGUGACAAACCAAAGCCACCCACGUCGGGGGCGGGAGCCAGCUCCAGGACCCCCAGCCAGUGUCCUUCAGUCGGCAGCGCUGUCAGUCUGCAGAUCAGAGCUGCAGCCAGUCAAGCAGAGGGAAGGAGAAAUUCCUUUUUAACCCCAUUCUUUCUCUAAGAACUGAAAGAUGCCUUGAAUAUUUA